AAGGUGGAGGGAGCUCUAAACCCCCAGUCCCACAAAUCGCCAUAGAAAGCCGUCAGCAGGCUCUCUUCGACGCUCUGAAGUUCAAGAAAUUUACAAGACGAUGAAGGAGGCAUUGGAUUUUGUACUGUCCAUGGAAUUCUGGAGAAUGGGCCUGCGAUGGACUCUCAGUCUUCUCAUCUCUUACUGGCACCUCCUCUUCGCCUCGACUACUACUCCUCCUUCCAGAUCACCGCCUCCCUCACCUCCGUCGAGGCCCGUCUGCAUCAUCACCGGCGCGACUUCUGGAUUGGGCGCCGCCGCGGCCCAUGCUCUCUCCGCUCGUGGCUUCUUUGUGGUUCUCGUUGGACGCUCAUCUCGCUUGUUAGAAAAGACGAUGAUGGAAAUUAAGAGGAAGAAUGAGAGUGCACAGCUGAAAGCUUUCGAGGUUGAUCUCUCAUCAUUCCAGUCGAUUCUUCAGUUUAAAGCCUCCCUACAGCAGUGGCUUUCCGACUCGCAAAUGCACUCUUCCAUCCAACUCCUAAUUAACAAUGCUGGAAUACUUGCUACCUCGUCUAGAUUCACCUCUGAAGGCUAUGAUCAGAUGAUGGCUACAAAUUACUUGAGUGCAUUUUUUCUUAGUAAACUAUUAUUACCUCUUCUCAGAAACAGCUUGAUUCCUUCCCGUAUAGUGAAUGUCACAUCUUUCACACAUCGAAGUGUAUCGAAUAUACAGGUUGCCAAGGAUACUGUAUCUGGGAAGUGCUUCAGCGGAUUAAAAAGAUACCCAUAUGCUCACGUAUAUGAGUAUUCCAAAUUGUUCCUACUGCUCUUCUCCUAUGAGCUUCAUCGCCAACUUGGCUUGAUGGACAUAUCUCGUCACGUCUCCGUCAUUGCUGUGGAUCCUGGUGUUGUUGAAACCAACAUCUUGCGAGAAGUUCCUCCAUGCCUAUCCAGUUUGGCCAAUAAAGUUUUGAGAAGUCUUUGGUUCUUGCAGUCACCUGAAGUUGGAAUCAGUUCCAUUCUCGAUGCAGCAUUUGCUCCACCAGAAACAUCUGGAGUUUACUUUUUUGGUGGAAAGGGCAACACUGUCAGCUCUUCUAUGCUUUCAUAUGAUGCCAAACUUGCACAGGAACUUUGGAGUGCAUCGUCUGAUCUGUUUUUAGAGUCACAGCUUGCUUUCAAGGAAACCUCCACUUCUGUAUCAAACUUUGUAUCAUAGGUGUUCCGUUUUAAUUGCCGUAGCAGCAGUAAUGCUUUUCCUAGCUGUGAUCAGUCUUUAUAGAUAGUGCAUCGUGGCCCAUUUGUACAAGAAUUUAGCAAAGUGAUCAUUCCAGUUUCUUAAGCCUCUAAACUUUGUGGGAUUUAGUUUAUGUGCAUAAAAAGGCUAGAUCAGACAAAGCUUACAUCAUCAUCUUGGCUUCUUGCUGCUGCAUGAUCAAUCCAAGGAGAAAGUGAUAGUGGUAUUGGUUAAGUCAAUGAAGAAUCCAAGGACUGCUCUGAUCAAGACCUCAAUCAUGGCCGGCUUCAGCUGAUAUCUUCAAUGCAUUUGGUGACAGUUCGCUCGACUCCACCACCCCUGAUGCAUUUGACCAAUUGCUGUUGCAAUUGCUGCUGGAGGCCUUACAAUACAAGACGUUUGUUUGUGAAGAAGCAGACAAGGCGCUAAGAGCAGUGGUGAAGUAUUUGACUACUCUGCCUCUACUUCAUAGGCUUAAAGGCUAUGUCACCCAUGCCCACCUCAAAGAAGCUAUAAGAAGCAGAAGAGGAAUCAGUCAUGGAACAAGAAAUCAAGGUCAAGCUUUCAGGGAAGUUGCCUUCAGAAAUAAGAUAUGAAACAGCGUCCUGCAGAUAUGUGUGGUGAUUAUUUAGAGCAACAGACUAAUUUCACUGUUGUGACUGCAAGUACUAAAUAAGUGAAGUGGUCGGCUCAUUAUUUUCUUUCUUUCAUUCUUUCUAUGGGUUGUGUUAAUCUGUAAUAUCAAAAAUCCACAAUGCAUACCAAGCACACAAAACCAAAGACCAAUUCCUUUUGCUGAAAUUCCGAAACCAAGUUUGAUGUGAUCUUAUUGAUUCUGGUGAAGAAUUUCAAGUAACCUGCUUUAAUCCCACGGCAAAGCGCGGGGGGUUCAUCUAGUAUCAUCAAAAGCUUCAUGUUCUGUCCCAUUAGCAAUUUAGCAUCACUCUGCUUACUCUCAUUAAUUAUCACCAUCCUACACAACAGAAGAGGGUUUGAUCAAAUGAUCAUAGUUAUGAAUAUCAAAACAAUGCCUGAUUCUCCUGCACAAAUAAACACUAUAUUAAUUGACAAUAACAUAUAUAUAGACACCUGGUCACUACUGAAUCGUAAUAGUCACUAUCUCAAGCAAUCCAUCCAUCUGAGAAAAAUACAUCUGACAACACCGUGUCGGAGUUUUGCAUAGCCUUUUUUAACAACUCCAGCAUCUAACAGUUGAUUUAGAACUACCAUCAAUGAAUCAAAAGUAAUUCUCAGUUGAAAUAUAAUUAAAUUAUGUCAGAGUAGUGUUAUAUAUCUUACCACCAGCUUCUUUCUCAUAUGGGAUGUAUAUAUUCUCAACACGCCUCUGCACGUGUGGUGAAUUUUCAAGUCAUACACGUGGACAACUUUGGAUGACAUGGAGCCCGUGUGGCCGCGAGGCAUGCACACGUGGGAUAAUCCUCUCUGAAACCAUGAUAAAGUAAUCUGGGGUUCACAUCAAAAACCAAUUGGUAAUGGAUGGAGUGACCCAAACUCUUAUAAACACAUAGGCAAGGUCCUAUUUUUCCCAUGUGGGAUGUAUAUAUUCUCAACAUAAUUUAGGCCAAUAGAUGGCUUCUUAGUAAAUUUAAAGAGAUAAAAGAUAGAAUCAUGGUAUUUCUGAAGGAGCUGGGAUCUUAGAAUGAGGUGGGCUAAAAAAAAUAUUUAGUCUCGACCCACUCUUUUUCAAUGUGGAACAAUCAUGGUAUUGGCCAAAAAGUCGUUCUUCAUCCUGUUGCGCAAUGUUAUUUUGGUAUGCCUUUGCCUA